CCAAAUCAUACGUGUUACUUUUCUCAAGAAACACAAUUAUUGAGGUUCACUUAACAUACAGCCACAAACUAAUGUUUUAAGUGAAUCGAUGAUAAUAUCAAGUCUCAUAUGUAAGGGACACAGUGUCACAAGGUUAUUAAUUACACAAGAAACAUACAACGUACAAAUAUGUUGUUAAAUGUAAAUCUAAUUUUCCGUCGUAUAUAUAAUGGUCGAUUUCCUUCAUUUAACCUGUGCAUAACUUGGCUGGAUGUCGUUAAUGAUUAUGUGUGUUGAUAAUUUUAUAUUUAAAAUUGUGUUUAACUAUGUAUGUGCGUUAUAUUUUUUAAAGUGAAUUUAUUUAAAACACAAGAAAUAGACUUAUCAAAUGCAAAAUUCUAGCAUGAAGGUUAUUACUUCGUUUGGAUUGAAAACUAUACCAUUUCAACAAAGUUAUGAAGGAUUAGAAAUAAAAUGUGGAAGCUUAUUAAUGGACCAAACUUGCAAUGGAAAAACACAACAAGCACCAGUAUUUGUAAGAAUUUAUAAAACUCUUUUCGAUCAUUAUGCUAUUGUUUACCGGAACGAACUAAUACCAAGUACUGCAGUUUACAUUAGUCUGAAAAACUGUCAGGUGUACAAGGGUGACAAAGAUGACAUCAAGGUCAUACCGGACAAUUUAGAGGGCACUAAAAUAACCUUUAAGGUAGCAGAAGCGUUUGACGUAGACAAAUGGGUCGAGGCAUUAACGCCGACAUGUAAUGUUAUCAACGACAGUCUGUAUCAGUCGUUUACACCACCAGCGUCGCCGCUCAUUCCAAAGUCUCCUACGAUGCCUCCAUUACCGGAAGUUGAAGAAAGCUGAUUGUUUAAGGGAAAUAUAGAUAAUAAUUGUAUUUGAACUGUAUUUUUUGUUUGAUUCAUAAGUUAAACAUGUAUUUCGACUCAUUAAAAAAGUCUUUCCAAAACGUUUGACAGCGUAGUUUGAAAGAUUUCUAUAUUAUA